ACCCGUGUAUUCAUGACGUAACGAUCAAUGGUGAAUUGUGCGUACGGGGAACCAGCACGUAUUAUCCCAUUUCUGAGGAAUAGUCAAAGGGUCGCGGGGGAACCUGGAGCCUAUCCCAGGAAGCAUUGGGCACAAGGCGUGGUACACCCUGGACAGGGUGCCAGUCCAUCGCAGGGCACAGAGUCGUUUGUGAAACUGAAGAAAAAAAGGGGUGGUGAUGCGUCUAAACCGUGAUACUCUUCACAGUUCAAGCCAAGAAGAAGUAGAAGAAAAAGAAGACGACAAUAGCGAGAAAUUACUAUAAAUAUAAAUAUAUAUUUAUAGGAUUGAGAUGAGGCAGCGAGUCUUCACUGGGGUUGUGACGCAGCUGCAGGACCGCCAUGGGACCGUCGACCGGGACGUACGCUUUGCGAUGAGUGCUGUAGUAGGAAGAGCGCCCUUGGUCGGCGAGAAAGUGCUGGUGAAGGCGGUGCAGGAUCCUUCGCAGUCUGUCAAGUGGACAGCACAAAGAGUGCAGGUGCUCAAUGGCCAGCCGUUUAAGUCUCCUCCGCCGCUGCUACACUCCACGACACCAAACCUGGCGCCGGGCAUUUUGGGAAACAAGCGUCAACCACUGCUGAAGUCUCCUAAAAUACCACCGCUGAUUCCUGGCAUGCAGCCGAAUCCAGGUGGCAUGCUCCAGAUACCCCACCAUCAGAAGCUGCCAUGGGCUGCUCCCUGGGGUGGGGGAAGCAGGAAGAGGCACAACGAGGUUGUGGCUGGUCGGAGAGGCCGACACUGGGAGGAAGCCGGUGGCUCUUGGGGAGGGGACAAUGCGCACCAGAAGAGACGGCGAUGGAAAGCCCCGUCUGAGGAGGAAACCUCCAAAAAGAGCACCUCUCAAACCAGCACGAGCUCUCCUCUCUUCUCCUUUUUCCCACGAGACAGUCAGGCCUGUGAUAAUCUGGAGCUGCAGCGGCGCUACCCACACCUCCACGUACCCCUGUCUCUCUUUCAUGUGCAGCUUUGCUGGCCUGAGAGCUUCCCACCUAGCCAGCCACUUCCUCUCGCAGGGCCAUGUCACUUCCACGUAGGCCCACAACAACCUAAGAUAGAAGCGGCUCCAUCUCCAGACUCCACAGAGAACUCCAGCUUCUCUGUUAAGGUGCUGUUACUGUCCAUGCCUGGCAUUGAGGACUUCUACGCUCAGUGUUGUAACUAUGCAGAGAACAGGAAUGGACGUGGAGAUGUGGUCCAUCCUACAACACUGUUCAAGUUUCUAUUACUGGACAAAGCAGGAGAGCUGCAGCUCCCUGGAGGUUCAUGGUCCAAAGAGGAUGGGUCCAAUCCAUCCAAAGACAGCACCACCAUCAUACGUACUGCAGUACGCUACGUGACUGAGCAGACGGCUCUGGACCUUUCAGCGUGUACACAAUGGCGUAAAAUGACAGAGCUGAGAUUACUUUCCGGGGAUAAAAUGGAAACGGUCGUCAUCUUGAUGCCAGAUGUGUGGAAUCUAGUGCCGACAGCAGAAGAAUGGGCCAAGUUACAGGAAGAGCGAGGGGAGUCUCCUCUCCCUGAUGUGCCCUCGCUCGUAGUCCAACCCACUGCAGGGUUCACACUGUCUGCAGUUUCUCUAACAGCUUUAUUAGAGCCACAGAUGUCACAGAGCAGAGACGCGUUUGAGGUGGGUUUGGUGAGCGAGCUCUUCAGCGAGAUGCUCCAGAGGGAUUUUGGUCUGCAGCUGUACCACUCCCUCUGCAGCCUGCCUCAGACUCCGACUGCGACUCUUCCUGACUCUGAAAUCCAGGCGGCAGACAGCAGCGCUUCUCUGGAUGAUGAGGCAAAAAGGAUGAGUAAGGACAUGAGAAAGAAAGGAGCAAGUGAUGCCAAGAAAACAACAAACAAAGAAGGGGAGGAAGAGGAAGAGACCAAAAUGGAGGAUGAUCAGGAACCGAGUGAACACCAGGCAGAGAAUCAGGAAGAGGCUGAUAGCCACACAGAGGUUGAAGAAGCAGUGACUGUUGAUGACAGUCAGUCACUCAAAGACAUAGAGCUUCCCCGUAGGGUCCUUUUGUCCUGGGUGUUUUUCGACAGGCAGCUCUCUGGCUCCCUGAGAGAAGAGGACGUUCAGAACAUCCUGCUCUCCCUCGGGCUCUACCUCACUACUGCUCAGGCACAGGAUCUGGCCAGAAAGAUGUCAGUGGACGGGAAGUGCAUGUACCGUAAGCUGUGUUCUCGCUGGACCGACGCAGACGAGGUGGCUUGUGACCUCAGUGCCGAGGGAAAUAAAUCCCUGUUGCCGGGUGUGCCUCGUAAGGAGAAGGGCUCUUCCCGCCGCUCAUCCAGCAACGCUAACCCAGAUGUGGUAAACUACAAAGGCACCGUUCUGAACAUCCCCAACCUGCUGCAGCGUCUCGAGAGCAGCAGAGCAGCACAGCACGAGAUGGAGAAACGGCUCGCUGACCUGCAGGCAACGCUCGAGGCAGCCAAGGCGAAGCCGGUCUCCGAUGAACAGGAGCAGAUGAAGAGCAGGUUAGAGAAAGUCGAAGCACUCAACAAAACCUACGAGAAGAAUCUAAAAGAGAACGCCGGCCACAUGCUCACCGUCAUCGAGAAGAUGCAGAAAAUGGUGGAUCAGACGACAAGCCUUACAAGGACAAAGGACGUGAAAGGAGACUAAGAGUAAGUUUCUACAAAUGGCAAAGUCAACAGGGGCAUUUUAAAAACCUCGAAACCAAUUUAUUUUUCACCUCUUUUAAACCUCGUUUGGGAUAUGAACUGAGUUGUACAUUUUUAUUUUCAAAACCUCAAAAUGCUCAGCUUGGCAUUAAAGUGGCACACGUGGCAAAAGUCUGAUUUUGUUUUAAAAAGAAAAACAAACUGAAAUCAUGUUUGAGUAGCAUCUUAGAGCCUGCACAGAUGCAUUAAUCUGGCAAAGUUAAUGCCUUUAUAUUUACUGUAUUAUUGUUUGCUUUAUUUUGUCUAAUCCCAUAAGUAGGAGAAUUAUAUUAAAAAUGUUGACUUUUGGUUUUUUUUUUUUUCAAGUUCUGGUCCACUGAAUUGCUGUAUGUAUAUUUGCCAAUCAGUGUAAGGGUCCCUUGUUGCAGAUUUAUUAAAUUUUUUUGUUCUCUGUUUUCAGACAGUUUAAACUAAUGCUCCCAAUAAGGGAUCACUGUUGUUGUCAGGAAUUGCUCAGACUGCUGCAAUAACAGAAAUCUAAAGAAAAAGUAAUAAUCCUGACCCUGAUUUGCCACUUGCCUGGGGUGGCUAUAACGUGGCUUGACUUUUUUUUCCCCUUAAUUUAUGAGUCACUCAAUUCAACUAUUGUCUGUCACGUUUUCAGUUCUUGUUUGCACUCCUAUGAUCCAACAAUAAAAAAUGCCAUCAUGAUUAAAAACCUG